AAUAGUAAUGCGAGUUGUCACGCAGCUGUGUGUCCCAUGGAAGAUACUGAAAUGUGUGCAUUGGCAUUGCAUCUGGAAAAGACGAACUUAACCUUCUUCUAGUAUAUGGAAAUCAUAAAAAUGCACGUAGUUUUUGGUGAACUCAUUCAAUGUAUGUAACAUUUUAAUGUGUUAGUUAGUUUUAAGCUUCAAAUUUGGAUUCUUUCUUUUACCUUUUUUGUAACUGACACACACACAGAGAUCUUCACUUUCCAUUCUUCUAGAUUCACUUCUAACUUCCAUUCUUCUGAGUUUCCUAGAUUCCAAACACUGUUUAAGGUUGUUCUUGUUGUUGUUACUCUCAUUGUCUCAAUCUCCUUUGUACUGUUAUUGAAACAUUAGUACAAAGAAGAAAAAAACAAUUUUUUUUUUGUUUCUGUUUUUUUUCUCUUGUGUUUUUUGCUGAGCUAGUAAUAUGAAUUUGAUUUGAAAAUGGGGUUUGUACAUAGAGAUUUCUAGAAGGAAAAAAAAGAGUCUUUUUAAAAAAAAAAAUCUAUAUAGAGAAAAUAGGGAUUUUCCCCAUCUUUUCUAUUGGGAAAAGCUAUGGGGGAUUUCUGUAAUUUUUGAAAAUUAUUCAUCUUUGAUGUGUGGAGGUUUUUGAUAUGCAGCAGUGAGGAAAUUUUUGUUUUUUUGUUUUGUUGCUUACCGCUUUGGUUCCCAGGAGAAAGAGACUCUGGUAAUCUAGAGUUCGGCCAAGAGAUAAAAAAGUCUUGGAGAUUUUAUUGGUUUGGUUCUUAUAUGAUCAAAUUGAGAGUUAAUUGUGAAGAGAUUGAAAAUUCUAGAAGCUUCAAUUUGAGCUCUAUUUCAAGUCCCUUGUUUAGUUGUAUCUUUGUUUCUAAAUUAGGAAUCACCAUUUGGAUUUCUAUUUAAUUAGAUUCAGUAUUAACUAAUUAGUUAUAGGUUUGACUCUAAGUGCUGUAUUGUGAUUUCUGUUUGUAAAGUUUUCAAAGUUGAUCUCAAAUGAGACCUUUGUUUUAAGUCAAUUAAGUAUAUGUUUGGUUCGGCAUUGGCCUAUUCUUUCUCGCGUUCCAAGGCAGUUCCACUGUGAAUAUAGGUGGAUGCGUGUUAAGUGGGAUUCCACUGUCAAAACAAACAUUGGCUAAGUUGCCUUAGAGUUUUUAAGGCACUUCUUAGUCAUAUAUAAGGUUUGGACUGUGGUUUUUGGUACUUAAAGAUGGCUGAGAAUGUAAAAGAAGCAAGGUCAUUGGCCUUGACUCCUACAUGGUCUGUUGCCACUGUGUUGACCAUCUUUGUUGCUGUCUCUUUGCUUGUUGAACGAUCCAUUAACCGUUUAAGUAAUUGGUUGCGGAAAACAAAUAGAAAACCUUUGCUUGAAGCUUUGGAGAAAAUGAAAGAAGAGUUGAUGUUGCUCGGAUUUAUAUCUCUCCUACUUACUGCUACCUCUGGCAUGAUAGCUAAUAUUUGCAUUCCAUCAAAGUUCUAUAAUAGUGCUUUUGCUCCGUGCUCGAGAUCUGAGAUUGAUAAAGAAAUCGAAGAGAAUGGCUCUGAAGAACGUAAAUUAUUGACGGCUUCUUAUCCACACUUAAUUAGAAGGAUGUUGAAUGGAAUAAAUAGAAGCUCCUGCAAAGAGGGUUAUGAACCAUUUGUUUCGUAUGAAGGUCUAGAGCAGUUGCAUCGGUUCAUUUUUGUCAUGGCGAUAACACACGUAUCUUACAGUUGCCUAACAAUGUUGUUAGCCAUUGUGAAGAUUCACAGUUGGAGAGUGUGGGAGGAUGAAGCUCACAUGGAUCGGCACAAUUAUUUAACUGAAAUUACUAGGCAGAUGACUAUGCGAAGGCAAUCAACCUUUGUCAAGACUCAUACAUCAAAUCCAUUAGUCAUUUGGACGACAUGUUUUUUUCGACAAUUUGGGCGUUCUGUUGUUCGUGCUGACUACCUUACACUUCGCAAAGGCUUCAUCAUGAAUCACAACCUUUCAUCAAAAUAUGAUUUCCACAGCUACAUGGUUCGAUCAAUGGAAGAGGAAUUCCAAAGAAUUGUUGGUGUGAGUGGUCCACUCUGGGGAUUUGUUGUCGGUUUCAUGCUUUUCAACAUUAAAGGAUCAAAUCUCUACUUCUGGAUAGCUAUCAUUCCUAUAUCUCUUGUUCUUUUGGUGGGAACAAAGCUACAACAAGUUAUUGCAACCUUAGCGUUGGAGAAUGCUGGAAUUAUUGGUCUCUUCUCAGAAGCUAAGUUGAGGCCUCGCGAUGAACUUUUCUGGUUUAAAAAGCCUGAACUGUUACUCUCCUUAAUCCAUUUCAUUCUCUUCCAGAAUGCAUUUGAAUUGGCUUCAUUCUUUUGGUUUUGGUGGCAGUUCGGAUAUAAUUCCUGCUUUAUUAGGAAUCACCUCAUCGUUUAUUUAAGGCUAAUCUUGGGGUUUGCUGGACAGUUUCUUUGCAGCUACAGCACCUUGCCACUCUAUGCACUCGUUACACAGAUGGGAACAAACUAUAAGGCAGCAUUAAUUCCACAGAGAAUUAGAGAAACCAUUCAUGGAUGGGGUAAAGCAGCUAGGAAGAAGAGAAGACACGGUAUGUUCGCUGAUGACUCCACCGUUCAUACAGACACAAGCACGGUAUUGUCUAUUGAAGAAGACGAUCAUCAACUAAUCGACGAUUCCCAUCACGAUAUUAGCACUGGCACUGAAGUAGAAUUACAACCAGUUACAUCUACCCCUUCACCACCUAUUGCCAAUGAAACUUCAAGUCGGGCCGUUACGCCACUCCUCCGACCCUCAGCUUCAUUAUCUUCUUCAUCAGUACCAUUCAAUUCUAGACAAGAAGAACCUAUUUCAAGAACCUUCUCUAUGCCAAGUGGAAGAUAGUUAACAUUGAUAAAUAUGACUUUUGUAUGAAUAUAACUAGAAGCUCUUUAUAAGGUAACUUGUUUUUGUUCCCUUAAAAGUUAAAAAGCCAUGUAAUGUAAGGUAACAAUCCUAGGAGCAGCACUUCAAUUCCAACAUAGAAUCUUGCAUAUAUGAAUACAAAAUAGUGAAACCUGUCUUGUCUUUUAUGAUUAAUGAAGUUUAAACAACAAAGCUUAAUUUUGUAUA